AUGGCGACGCGCUCGCUCCUCGGGGAGCAGUUUGUGGGCAUGCUCAGACUCCUCCACGUUCUACCGCCUGUCUCCUCCUCACACCUUGUAAUGGAGACGAGGAAGGUGUUGGCACCAGCGGCCUCCAUCAUGUUUCUGAGGAGGAGGAGGAGGAAGAAAAGCGUUUGUGAGCAUGCUCUCCACACACACACACACACACACACACACACACACACACACACACACACACAUUUAUGUUUUUGUGCGUUUACAGAGUCGUUUCAGUACCCGGGGUUUCAGGGUUUGCUUCAGGACAACGACACGCUGAGGCUGGGCCUGGACUUCCAGAGGAUGCUACGGAUCAACCACGUGCUGUACAUCGCAGCGAGGGAUCACGUGUUCGCAGUCAACCUGACGACGGCUUCAGGGGAGGUCGUCCCACAGCUGAAGCUGACGUGGAAGUCCAACGACGUCAGCAAGUGCACGGUCAGAGGGAAGAACAGCGACGAGUGCUACAACUACGUGAAGGUGUUGGUGCCUCGAAACGACGAGACGCUGUUUGCCUGCGGGACCAACGCUUUCAACCCGACGUGCCGAAACUACAAGAUGACCUCGCUGGAGCAGGUCGGGGAGGAGCUGGUGGGUCAGGCUCGCUGUCCCUUCGAGUCCGGUCAGUCCAACGUGGGACUGUUCGCUGGUGGAGACUUCUACUCGGCCACCAUGACGGACUUCCUGGCCAGCGACGCCGUCAUCUACAGGAGCCUGGGCGAGGGCCGCCCCGUCCUCAGGACCGUCAAAUACGACUCCAAGUGGCUGCGAGAGCCGCACUUCCUGCACGCCAUCGACUACGGGAACUACGUCUACUUCUUCCUGAGCGAGAUUGCAGUGGAGUACACCACGCUGGGCAAGGUGGUGUUCUCUCGGGUGGCCCGGGUCUGUAAGAACGAUAACGGGGGAUCUCCCAGAGUCCUGGAGCGAUACUGGACGUCCUUCCUGAAGGCUCGGCUCAACUGCUCGGUGCCCGGAGACUCCUUCUUCUACUUCGACGUGCUCCAGUCGCUCACCAACGUGCUGCAGAUCAACCAGAGACCCGCCGUGGUCGGCGUCUUCACCACUCAGGCCAACAGUAUCCCCGGCUCGGCCGUCUGUGCCUUCUACAUGGACGAUAUCGAGAAGGUGUUCAACGGGAAGUUCAAAGAGCAGAGGACCAGCGACUCCUCCUGGACUCCCGUACCCGACGAGCAAGUCCCCAGACCGAGGCCCGGUACGUGUGCAGGCGACGGCUCGGCUUCAGAAUACAAAUCGUCUGUUCAGUUCCCGGACGACACGCUGACCUUCAUCAAGUCGUAUCCUCUGAUGGACGAAGCUGUUCCCUCCGUCAACGACCGGCCCUGCUUCACCAGGACGUCCAGCAGGUCUAAGUUGACCCAGAUUGUGGUGGAUGUCUCUGCCGGGCCUUUCAAGGACCGGACGGUGAUGUUCCUGGGCUCAGACGAUGGGCGGGUCUUGAAGGUUUUGGCCAGCACCCAUCCAAAUGACAGCUUUGGAUCCAAACUGCUGGAGGACAUCGACGUCUACAACCCGUCCAAGUGCAACGUUCAGGGUCAGGAGGACAGGAGGGUUCUGGGCCUGGAGCUCGAUAAGGACCAUCACGCCUUGUUUGUGGCUUUCAGCAGCUGUGUGAUCAGAGUGCCGCUCGGCCGCUGCGCCCAACAUGGAGCCUGCAAAAAAGCCUGCCUGGCCUCUCGUGACCCAUACUGUAUCUGGCUUCGGACUGGGAGCUGCGCCAACGUUGCGCCGGGUUUCAAGGCGGGGUUUGAGCAGGAUAUCGAGGGCGACCACUCGUUUCAUCCGGACAGCUGCCGCGCUGACGUGUUGGCUACGACACGGAACCAGGAGUCCACCGCCGACUCCGCCUACGGCGUGCGGCGCCCUCCGGACAUGGACCAGCGGGCCGGUGCUAACGUGCAUUACACGCUGCUGAUCGCCUGCGUGCUGGUGGCCUUCUUCCUGGGCGCCAUCUUGUCGGGUUUCCUGGUGUCAUGCUACUGCGGCGGCAGCGCCGCCCACCGGGCUCGGAGGCUGGGGAAGGACCCGGAGGCGUCGCUGCCUCACGCCCUGUCGCUGCGAUCCCUCGCCAAGCUCAACGGGCUGCUGGACGGACAGCCCAAGGAGGACAAACUGGACGUGUCCACCCCGAAGAUGUACAGCUCCUUCAUCCCCAACGGCCGGGCCGAGCAUCACCUCCACAGCCCCGUGCACCAGGGCCUCCCGCUGGGCGACCCCGAGCUCAGCCUGUCCCAGUCUCUGUCACAGGGGGAUGGCGAGCUCUCCGGCCUGCCCACGCCCGACUCCACCCCGGAGCUUCCCAUCAAGAACAUGAAGGCGCUGCGACACCAUCAGUACGAGAAGAACCAGAACUGCAACAACGCCAGAGACAAGCCCAGCUGCUCCGCCUCCAGUCUGGGAUUCAUGGCCGUCGUCGGGAACUCCUUAAACCAGCAGGUGUUUCCCUUCCCUCAUCACCAUGGCAACAGUUUAAGCAAUGGGACGCCCCACGGGGUCGGCGCCUCUUCGACCUCUCUGCACCUCCCAGAGGAGAGAAAGAUCUCCAAUGAUGAGCGGGCGGCGGUGGCGGCGGUGGGAGGGGGAGGAGUCCCGCAUCACCACCACUCCCAGCAGUCCCUCCCCCAGACGGUGGUGGACGUGUCGGCGCUGGACGAGCUGCUCAAACACAUCCACGAGGUCAGCGCGUCGGGAACCGGCGGCAUCAAGGUCCUGACCUCCACCUCCUCUUCCUCGCUGUUCCCCGGGUCGUCCGGCUCCACCGCAGGGCACCAUCACAGCCACCAUCACCACCACGCACAGACGCGCACGCACCACUACAACCACGGCCAUCACCAUAGCAACCACCACCACAACAACAACAGCGGUCACCAGCAACAGAAUGAGGCCGCGUCCUACCCCAGCACCUCCGCGCUGCCGAGCGACGGCCUCCCCAAACGCAUCGACCCUCCUCCUCAGAACACUACCUCCUCCUCAUCUUCAUCCUCCUCAUCCUCAAACAACCCCACCUCCUCCACCUCCAUCCCCUCAUCCUCCUCCUCCUCGUCCUCCACUCAGCUCCAGCAGCAAGUGAUUCCAGAACGACCUGGAGGCGGCGGCGUCUCCGUGACGCGCCACCACUCUCAGCGUCACUCCCUCAUCAGGAUGGGCAGCGGGAGUGGCGCCGUGCCCCGCCACCACAGCUUCAACCAGCGAGGGCCGCAGCAUGCUCACUUUCUCGCCAGGAUGAACACUAACAACAGCAGCAACAACAGCGGUGGCCCCGCCCCCGCCAAUAGCAAGCAGCCGUCGGUGGCCAGCGCCUGCCUCACACGGCAACACAGCUACAGCGAGGGGCCGCACGCCCAGCGGGCUGCCGUCGUCCGGAGAACGGCGUCGCUCAAACCCCAGAUCCCUCCUAAACCGCUCUUCCUGCCAAACACAGCCACGUCACUGGGCGCAGAGGCGGGAAAGUACAACUACUGAGGCUGCCGGGCACCGCGCCGACAUGGCCACUGCUGUCCUUAGACGCCUGCCGGGCUGGUGACAGAGGAUGAGAGGAGAGCGCCGAUGGGCUGGAGACACAAAAGAGACCCAGAGCUUUUUGUCCCCAUCGCUCCUCGUUACCACCCCUCAGCCGUGCUUGCUGCCCCGCCGCUGAGAGAACGCCGUCUGUCGCCACUCGAGCAUCUCUGGCUCAUUGAAAGGGGCGGGGCUCGAAACCAGCACGAACUACUAAACAUUCCAAAGGCGGCUCGAGGUGGCCACAGAAUUCCAGAUUAAUGCAGUUUUCUUCGGAGCACUUUGAUGCGACAUCCUGUCGUCGGGCCCGGAUUUCAUUCGCCAGGAUCGUCAGCAAACCUGAACCCCACAGCAGGGGCGGCUCCCGUCCCCGUGGGGGGCGCAGACUUGUGUUUUCAGCAGCACUCUGAGGACAGACCACCUCGGUCUUUUAUACCAUAUUGGUAUCUGCAGGUCGCCCAGCAGGUGUGAUAACCGUCUCCACAUCACUACAACGACCCUGUUGCAUUAACGCCUGCUGAGCGUCACACCCAGACCCCCGCGGGUCGUUUCAGGCCCUGCGCUCGUCUGAAGGGGGCGUGUUUUCUCUUCAACAGCUGAGCGCACACUGUGGAAACUUUAACAAAGUUUGCUCUUAGAUUGGUGUUUCACCCAAAUUACUGCCACACUCAUGCUCCCACUGACCUCCCAGGGUGUCUGGCGCCCACGAGGGCGGAGCAGAGGCAGACUCGUCACCUCAGCUAUGCUCUGUAAUCCCGCCCAAGGCUGGUGAUGCGUUCAGGUACCUGUUAAACCUUUGAAAUGUGAAAAUGUGUGCAGGCAUGAAACAGCCCAGAGUCUGGGAGAGGGGGCGUGGCCUGUUGUCUGCCGUGGCGGAGACAUUUCAGUCUGACUUCAGUCUCACUCUGCACCUUCAUUAAAAACUACAUUUCCCAGCAGGCAGUGGGAACGUGAGGAUUCUGUUGGUGGUAAUUUGGGUGAAGGUUUGCUUUGCUUCGGUCUGUGGGAGGGUUUCCUCCCAGCUGAAGAACAGUGGAUCAGCUGCUUUGUCUUUACCUCGGUGUUUGUUAGCGGCUCUGCCGGGUUCUGUUUCCGCCCCCGGGCUCAGGCAACACAGGUGAGACCGCAGAGCGGACCCUGCAGACCAGCGGGUGACGUGACGCCGGCUCUCCGUGUUGCCUCAGCGUGGAUGCACCUGGACGCACUUUCAGGUCUGUUAGCAUCAUUGUCCACAGACGGAUUCAGUUCCUGACUUGGGCGCUGAACACCUGAACACCUGCUUCAUGUCACAAACCCUAAAGCUGCAGCUCUUUUAACUACACUGAGGCACAAACACUCAGAGCGCCACCAGUGAGCCGCACGGGCAGCGCCGCUAAACGAAGCAAUAAAUGUAAAAGAGAUGAUUCAGGACCUCUGCGCCUGCUCGUUCAGACCAUAAAACAUGAAGAGUUUCAGAUACAAACACCAGUCACAUGUCCAAAAACAGCUGGCAUCAACUUUCAGAUCCAGUCAUUCGAGCUUUGGCGUGGCGCUGCUACUACUUUAUCUCAUUUAUGCCCAAAUAGUUUGAGGGUUUCUGGCCCGCCUGGCUGUUUAGGGACAGCGCCGGGGUACACCAGGCAGUCGUACUAACCAGCACAAGUUUGAGACGUAGGCUUGAAUGCAGAACACGCGGCUGUGAUGUGUAGUCGUCUGAGCGAACUGACUGUCGCGUCCUGCAGACGUGACUUCUCCCGCGGUCCACAGCGGAGGACGAGCUCUGCACCAACACGAUGCAACACGCAGCCGAGAGCGAGCCGCGGUGCGUGAUGCGUUUGUUGAGGUUAAAUAAAAGAGGCCAAAGCGCGAUGGUUGCUGCUCACUGUACAGGGAUUCAUGCCACAGCGUUUGAGGCGCUUACAUCAUCCUCUUUCAUCUCGCCUGAUUCAAACAGUUUGAAAUACUGUAGUCACCGCAGAUUACAGCUGCUGUGGUCACUGAAGGAGGCUGCCGCAGGACUCGGAGGCUAAAUUUACCGCCAACCCCACCCUCUGCUCUCAGCAGGGGAUUCUGCAGAAAAAGAAACGGCGUUUAAAAACGAGCCGAACGGGAAGGUUCGGGCGUUUGUGGCAUCACUGCAGACGCACCUCUGUGAACACCGACCCGUUAGACACCGAGCGUUUCUCCAGGCGCUGCUUUGGAGAGGAUAUCUGAGAGGUGUCAUCCAGCCGUGACAGCUAACGUACACGUCAGGAAAAGGAUGACGAACAAGGUUCAGUCAAACACUCAGACUGUCCUUAAACGCACCAACAUGGAGAGUUUUCAGGUCUGGAUUGUUAAAAAUAAUACAAAAUAGAAUAGAACUGUCCUUCCUCAUGGCUCUGUGCCGACAGAGCAAACCUGUCGAUACGCAUUAUUAUUAUUAAUAAACAAUAAGUUGAAUUCAUUGAGAUGUCAGCUGAAUAUCUUAAACAGAGCGACGGCUGUUUGAACCACAGACACGCCUGAACGCGUCGCCUCGGAAACUAAAACAACUUUUUUGCCUUUCGCAUUCGUCCAAUCGGUGGAAAAGGUAAAACACUGAUUAGUGGAAAACAGGGAGGGCUGCGUAUAAACACCAAAGUGUCACAUCGAGCUUUUUGUAUUUGAAUCUUCCUUCAGAUGAAAAUGCUGCUUUAAUGUUUUGCUCAGAGUUCUGGUUCUGGUUCAGUUGGUAACAAAUCCGUGGUCCUGCUAACGUGCCGUAGAUAAUUGGCUGAACGCUCCUUUAGACCUGCGGCGAGCCGCUCCAACCUUCACACAGCACAAACACCACCUCAGAGUCUGUGAGCAGUGCUGAACUCUUCAAUCUUCAAAGGUCCUUUAUGAAUGUUUCCACUGGGUGCUGCUAGGGGGCGCCGCAGAGCAUAAAGACUUUGGCGUAUUUUAUAAAGGUUUUGUAUGAGAUGCACUUGUAACCUUGAAAAUGAUUUUGUUUAUUCGUUUCGUGGUUCUCGUCCUCUGAAGUGCUGAGAGGAGCAGAGACGCUGUGGACUCACAGCGCCACCCGGUGGGCUACGCUGAAAUGACAAUGUAAUAAUGUCACACACUAUUAUGUUUACCUUACUGCUAUUAAUUAACAAUGUGGAUGACGGUGUAAAUAAAGGCUACUGUGGAAUAGUA